GUAUUUUAGAAAUGGAUAACACUGCUUUUGAAUCAAUUACUGAGGCUGGGUUAGUAUCUGAAAUGUAUAAUGAGUCUAAUUGUGUUAAAUUGCCUACCGAAAUGGAGAAGGAGCAUGCUAAUUAUUCAAUUGCUAGUCCACUAACGUUGAAGAACAUACAACCUUUUGUUGAAAAAAAUAGGUUUAAGAACAUUGGGCUAGUAGAUAAUGGAGAUUGUGUUAGAACUUUUUUCACGGUUGUUAAUGUGAUCCGGAAGGUUGUUGCUGUCCUUGAUCCCUUCCGGUUUAGGCCUUUGGUAAUGGGACUUAGGAGUAAAGGUGCUGAUAUUAUUGCACAAGUUACUGGUUUCCUUAUGCGAAAAGAACUUGACUAUCUUGUUGGAUCUGUGACAAUUCCUAAUAAUCCAAUUACUACUAUAGUUGGUGUUUCUAAGGUAUCAACUAAGAUUGGAGUAAUCGGAUCUUCAUUGGUCAAGGUUGAUGUUCUCUUAUUCGGUGGAGAAUUGAUUUUUUUAUUCCACAAGAUCCAAAGAUAUUCAGAUGGAUCAACACUUGUAGAGGAAAACAUACUUGAUCAAGCAAUGUCAUUAUUUAAGAAGGCCAAGGCAAGAGAGGUGUCUACCUCCUGUUCACUUCUGGACACUACUGUUGAUUUAGCGAGUGAAACUAUGCUGAAUGAUGAAAGCAAAUCCUAGUUUGCAUUCAUUGCCCAUAGAGUUACUGAAAUUAAGGUCCGUGCUAUGACAGCCAAAAAGAGAAAUAUUAUUGGCCAAUACCUAUUUACUGAAAAUGAAAUUGCUCCUAUAUGGCUAGAGGUUUUUGAACGGAGUGGUGAAGAUGUGGUUUGCCUAAUUAUGAAUUCUGCUUCUUUGUCUGGGCCAUUGCAUACCUUGCAUUUCUCUCAAAUUCUUGGUGAUAUGCCUACUUUAAUAGCCAUUUUUCAAGCUCUGAAGAUUCCAUCCUUGGCUGAUUGUUUCUUACAACAAGGAUCCAAGCCUGAUGAAGUUGAAUUUAGGCGUUGGUGUUUACAGAACUCUUAAAGAAAACCU